UCCGGAAGGCGGUGUGGGCGCAGGUGCGGAGACUGGGAGGCUCGGCUGCGGCCUCCGGCGGCCGGCAGUAUGGAGGACGGUUCCUUGGAUCUCAUCCAGAGUAUUGAAGAUGACCCCCUUCUGGACACCCAGCAUCUUCCACAUCACUCUUUACAUGCUCAUUUUUGGCCCAGAUUCCACCCUCUUCCUACAGUCAUCAUAGCAAAUCUUCUCUUGUUGAUACAUCUUGUGUUUGUUAUUUUAGCGCUUUUAACAGGUGUGCUUUGUUCUUACCCCAAUCCAAUGGAGGACACGUGCCCAGGAAACUACACCAACCCGUUGAAAGUUCAGACAGUCAUAAUCCUUGGAAAAGUUAUUUUGUGGAUUCUGUAUUUCCUUCUUGAACAAUACGUCCAGUAUCACCAUUGCAAAGUAAGAAACCGAGGCUAUAACAAGAUCUACCGGUCAACAAGACAUCUGAAAAGACUUCCGCUGAUGAUACACUCCACUGGCAGCACGGCGCUCCUCCUCCUCCUCUGCCUGCAGCACUCCUUCCCUGAGCCCAGCACAUGGUACCUGGACCUCAUGUUGGCCAUCCUGGCCCUGGAGCUGAUCUGUUCCCUGACGUGCCUGCUUGUGUACACAGUGAAAAUCCAAAAAUUUAAUAAAGCCAAGCCACAGCCUGACGUACUUGAAGAAGAGAAAAUCUAUGCUUACUCCAACAAUAUUACUUCAGAGACUGGAUUCAGGCCUCUCUCGAGCCUGGAGGAGGUUGUGGAGAAGCAGGGAGACAUCAUAGUGUACCUGAAGCGACACAACGCGCUCCUCAGUCAGCGGCUGCUGUCCUUCUCAUCCUCUGACCUCGGCUCUCAGCCAAGUGGGAUUUGACAGCAAUUCCAGAGGAACCAGAGUCACUUAAGACUGAUCAACUCCCUGACAAGGUGUCACAGGAGAUUGCAGCUUUGCCAAGUACCAUUCUACAGUUUCUGUUGGAAACCUGAAUCUGAUUCUCACCUGUGUGACUGUUUAAUAAGUAGGACACAUGGAUCAUUUGAAAGGCACUUUGAAGAGCCUUGAUAACUCCUGGAAGGUAUAUCGUCUGCACAUUUUGAAAUUAUUUAACCACUUGGUUUAUCCUAGGUCAAAGUGUAGUUUAGACAUCUCCUUGGCCAACAUUUUUUCCAUACUCUUUGCAACUUGGUGAUAAUUUGUCUUUUUGUAAAGAAAGUCUGACAUGACAAGCUACUUAAAAUGGGGUUUUGAUCAAAUGAGUUUUUCCCACUUUUAUACAGGUGAGAGAAGUCAUCAUUUGUCAUGAUUAGUGGUUUUUUCCAUGGAGCCGAUGUAUUUUAUAUGCUUCUGUGGUAUUGGAUAUCCUUGGCCCUUAUAGUUUUUAUAAAGAAUUUCCCACUAGGUGAUUUACCUUCCAAACCCUACAGUUUUCCAUCCUCCAGAAGAUGUGAAGUUUACUUGGAGCAGUGUUAGGCCAACCGGUGCCGCCUGUGACUGCAGCAGGGGCUGUGCCUGGCAGCACCAGAAACGGAGAGGACUUCAGGCUUUCUCUUUCUUUCCUUUGACCCUUCUUUGAGAGAUUGCAGUUUCAGUAUUGACCAGUUCUCAUUGAAUCAGUAAGUUCACUGAUUUAAAAGGAGUCUUCUGUGGCUUUUAGUUUGUCUGAAAGAAGAAAAGAACUUUUUUAAAAUCUUGGAUUAUACUUAAAAAUUAUGGGAAAAAUGUCUUAUCAACUGUUUAUAUACAGAUAUUAAACAUAUCUAAUUCUUCAGAUAAAAUGAAGCAUUUCUAUGUGUAAAUGGCAUUUUUCCUCCAUUUUUCCUGCUUUGCCCUUUUCAUUAAGCAGUUUGCUUUGGCGCCUUUCCAUGCUGCCUCAGAAAACUUCUUGCUUGAAUGCUUAACGAGAGGGGAUAUUUGUGAUUAGGUAUGCUGCUAAAAAUCUCUUUUAUAUUUAGCUGAAUAAUGAACAUUUGAUUUAAAAAUCUUUGAGCUAUACAUAACUGUUUGACAAAGAAUGACUUCAGUGGGUCAUCCCACACUUAUGAAAUGGCACACGUCUAUUUCCUUCAGAUACAGCCCUCUCAGAGCACUCUCAGGAUUUUCUGCUGAGGUCAGGUGAUUGAUUGCUUGUCACCUGCAAUCAGCCCCACUGAGUCCCCAAAAGUGACAGCAUUCACAAACUAAACCCAAAGUUGUAUUUUUAAAUUUAAAAUUAUAUCCAGGUUUCCUGACUUUCUCUUCCUCCCUUUUUUUCUUUUUCCCUUCCUUUUAGCAUUUCUCAAAGCUGUGGAAAUUUGUCUCUGUGCCCUGGAGAGCUUUUGCCUUUAGGUGUUUUCCUUAAGGAAAGCACUGGUGGUAGGUGAUUAAUGCUCAUAUAUAUUUUUCAAAUUCAGUUUGUAUCUAUCACCAGUUUCUAAGGUUAUGAGAUGAACUUUGGUUUACAGAGAAAAGUAUAGUUUAAAUGUUAGAACACUCAAGUUCUGACAGGAUGUCUGUAAAAUCACCAACACACUUUUCUAAACAAAAUGCUGAACAUUUCAAACAAUAAAAGAAAUUUAAAAAAGAAUGAA